AUGCAACGAAUAAAAUCUGGAGAGACAUUCAUUUCGUCGAUGCAGCUCGGAAUUGGCACGCCCCCUCAAAAUUUAACGGCCAUACUCGACACUGGGAGUAGUGAUCUUUGGGUCCCUCAGACGGGAAGCCCGCUUUGUAACGAUCGAGCCGCUCGAUGUGCGCGUGAUGUGGAGCGCGGCCAAACGGGCUCUUUUGACGACAAAAAGUCCCAGUCAUUCAACAAAAGUGGAUUAGGAAACUUUUUCGCAACUUACCAGAAUGGUGUGGCUGUCAAUGGAGCUUUCAUGCGGGAGACUGUGACAAUCGGCAAUGUAGCAGUCCCCGUCAACCAAAUGGGCAUUGCCAACAAUGGAUCCUUACCCUCGCCACUCAUCUCUAUUUUGGGUGUAGGCCCAACUACAUCAGAGGCCUCGGUGCUUGCUGACAAUGCCAAGCCGUACGACAACUUCCCGGCACACCUCAAAGCCAUCGGCAUGACAAAGUCAAACAUCAUGGGCAUUUUUCUUAAUGAUUUCAGAGCACCCGAAGGCAGCAUCGUUUUUGGAGGUGUAGACACUGCCAAAAUGGCAGGCCCAGUGACGAUGGUCAAGAUGGUAGGCCGAGAAGUCGCAAAUUCUGACGACUUUAUCAUUCCAUGGACGUCAGUUGAGUUUUCGGGUGGUGGGAACUCAAAGCCCGUCUCUUUGAGCUCACGGAAAUUGCCACCAUCACUCAUUGAUACCGGAAAUCCCGCCAUGGCAAUGCCUCCCGACGUGCUUAAGGCUGUUGAUAAGGCCAUUGGUGCUACAGCACUCAGGGACGGAACCAGCGCUGUACCAUGCAACAGCAAUGCAGACGCGAAGUUUAUUAUGGGCUUUGAAAAUGCAAAGAUAGAGGUCCCCCUUUCCAUGAUAUUUGUUCCCGUCCUGAGUAGGAAUGGAAAACCUAUCACGGACGCUAACGGAAAUACCAUGUGUACGCUGCCUCUCGAAACUCUGGAAAACAGCCCAGUGGGAUCACUUGGAGCCCCGAUGCUUUCUGCAGCGUAUGCUGUUUUUGAUUUAGAAAACCGCCAGAUAGGUUUUGCCCAGGCAAAGGUCAAUGCUACGGAGUCAAAAAUCCAGGCAGUCGGACCUGAUGGAAAGCUUCCCGCAGUUGUAGCAACUGCGGCCACCAGAAACACCAACGUGGCGAACAACAACAGAAGAAACAGUAAUGACAUCACUAGGGGUCACAAAACGCAAAGUCCAAAUGUUUUGGAGGGAGAGAAAUUCGCUCGGAAGUUUAAACAGUUUUAA